AUGGAAGCUGGACUUCCCAUGCUUAACUGUCUCCUGCAGCACACCCUGCGCAGCCUGUGUUCAUAUUCAGAUUCUUCUACUUCUACAAAGUGGGUUUAUGCUGUGUUUUGGCGGAUCCUGCCUCGAAAUUAUCCACCACCAAAGUGGGAUUAUGGUGGCAGUGCUCUUGAUCGUUCCAAAGGAAACAUAAGGAACUGGAUUCUUGUCUGGGAAGAUGGGUUUUGUGACUUCCAUGAAUGUGAGCGUGCUGGAAGUGGCUAUGUAAAGGGGAGGUUUGGAGCUGAUAUUUUCUUCAAAAUGUCUCAUGAAGUCUACAACUAUGGAGAAGGAUUGAUAGGUAAAAUUGCAGCAGAUAACAGUCACAAAUGGGUGUAUAAAGAAACCCCAAAUGACAAUGAUCCUAGUUUCAUCUCCUCUUGGAAUAUGUCUAUUGAGCCUCAACCAAGGGCGUGGGAAUUUCAAUUCAAUUCAGGCAUUCAGACAAUUGCCAUCAUUUCUGUCACAGAAGGAAUCAUUCAACUUGGUUCAUUGGACAAGAUUGCGGAAGAUCUUAAUCUAGUGAUCAGCAUACAGAGGAAAUUCAGCUAUCUCCAGAGCCUACCUGGCGUCUUUGCCAUUCAAAGAUCAGACUUGCCAAUCCAACAUCCAUACGUCCUCAAACCAAAUAACCAGAUACUUGAAAACCAUGAAACAACAUUCUGUCUUGAUGACAAACGCCAGUUAGGAGGAACAAAAAGAUUGAUCGGCGAAAGACCGGUGGAUUCUUCAAUCAAGUCCAUCAACUUAGGUUGGAACAGCCCACAAAAUGGCAUUAUAGGAUCACCCUUUUGGUCAAUUCCACCCCAUCUUCCUACUAUCCCUUGCAGUCUUGGUGCUUUAUUAUCCAAGCUACCUUCUUUCAUCCCAUCUUAUAAUGAUAUUGAAGCUCCUGGCAUAGCUCUGAUCAACAACAACAAUAACACAAGCCAAAGAGUGAAGGCUGAUAGCGGAGGUCCACUAAGUGAAGUUCAAAUUGCCAAGACAAAAGCAGAACCUUUAAGUCAACUGGAAGCAGCUCAAAAGGAGAAGCCAAACCCUGUAAAUGCUAAUUUACCACAAGAAGAUGGUGCAGUAGUACAACUAGGAUUUGGACCUCGCAGAGACUGAUGAUCAGGAAGUAUUACUAAUUGGAUAAUCAAGUGUAUUUAUCAUCAAAAGAUAUGAUUUGCCUUCUUUAGCUCACUCAGUUGUCUUUGCACCCCUAUCUCGUCUCUCUGUCCAUAAAAUAUGAGCAUUAUUUUUAAAAAAUGUAAUUAGCUGGCUGAUUAUAUUGUAUAAUCAACUUA